AUGGCGAAGCUAUCACAGCAAAACCAAAGAAACAAUGCGAAUGACAAGAGACAUGAGAAUGUUACUAGCAAUAACGCUGGCGUGACGAAAGUGAAAAGAACAAGGAGGAGUGUUCCUAGAGGCUCUCCUCCUCAACGUAGCUCGAUCUAUCGCGGAGUCACUAGGCAUCGGUGGACGGGAAGAUAUGAAGCGCAUUUGUGGGACAAGAAUUGCUGGAAUGAAUCGCAGAACAAGAAAGGACGCCAAGUAUAUCUCGGCGCCUAUCAUGAUGAAGAAGCAGCUGCGCAUGCUUAUGACCUAGCUGCACUGAAAUACUGGGGUGAAGGAACCAUUCUCAAUUUUCCGCCAUCCACAUAUGAGGAGGAGCUGAAAGAAAUGGAGGGACAGUCUCGUGAAGAGUACAUUGGUUCAUUGAGAAGGAAAAGCAAUGGUUUCUCUCGUGGAGUUUCAAAAUAUAGAGGUGUCGCGAGACAUCAUCACAAUGGAAGAUGGGAGGCUCGGAUUGGCAGGGUUUUCGGAAAUAAAUAUCUCUACCUCGGAACAUAUGCUACCCAAGAAGAAGCUGCCAUUGCAUACGACAUGGCGGCUAUAGAGUACCGUGGACUCAACGCUGUCACCAAUUUUGACCUGAGCCGUUACAUCAAAUGGCUCAAACCCGUAACUAGUGACGAAAACAACAGCAACCUAAGUCAAACAAGCUUGAACCCUGACCUUAACCCUAGCCCUAAUUUUAGCCUUGCCAACUCCAGCUUACCUGCAAGCUCUCACCAACUGGGGAUAAGCUACUUCCAAAACCAACAGACAAAUGUACCCAUAGAAAGUUUAGAAACAUUGCCAGCUCAGCCAUGCCGAGCAAGUGCCACUUCAGCCCUAGGGCUUCUGCUUCAGUCAUCCAAAUUCAAGGAGAUGAUGGAGAUGACAUCUGCCGUCGACUGUUCACAGUCACCAUGGGAGUCCGAGUUGCCUCAGUGCAGCAGCUUCCCUGAUGAAGUAAAGACGUACUUCGAGUGUCGUGAUUUAAGCUGUGGCACAGAGGGCGAUGAUACGAUUUUUGCCGAUCUCAACCUGGUCUCUCACCCAAUGUUCGAGCUGGAACUUGAGGCAUGA